CGCAGCCUGAAGCUUUUGAUCUUCACUACGCCAUCAACCUUGAGCAGCCACUUAGCCUUCUGCAUCCAUCAGGUACAAGAACUUCUGCAAACCUACCACCUCAGCGCUGCCGCACUUUUUGUGUUUCUCUCUGCGCUAGCACUUGCGACUACCCUCCACCGCGCUUCUUUUCGCCCGCCAUCACCGCGCUUGUGCUUUGCAACGACGCUUGAGCCUUGCGAGCGCUGCUGCUGCUGCUGCUGCUGCUGCUGCUGCUGCUUCUUCGCAUAUUCUUUGACGCGCUCCUUCUUCCUGGACCCCGCCAGCGCACUCAAAAUCUGAGUGUCGGCACGGAAGAUCACAGCAACUUUAUAUUACAGCACUCCACGCGCGUCUUGCACCACCUCGCGCUCCACCACGGCCCUCUGACGACAACGCGCAGGCCGUGUUCACUGGCAUCCGCCGGACUUCGCACCUGCCGGUAACCAGGCGCUGCAACUGACGCGCCAUCUUUCACUCCACAUUCAAUCCCACACAUCCCCCAGUCCAACAUGAGCACAGGCGGCGGCGCAGGACCGCUGGUUCCCACCUUUCAUGGCUUUGUGCACAACAGCAUGGACGGACUGGUCCUGUUCGAGGCGUGUCUCAGCGGAAAGCUUCACCAUGUGCCUCGUCGUCCACACGACCGAGAACGCAGCUCACUCAUCAAGAGUGGCAGCAUCUUCAUUUACGAGGAAAACGCGUCCGGCAUCAAACGAUGGACUGACGGCGUUGCGUGGAGCCCUAGCCGUAUUCUUGGCAACUUUCUUAUUUACCGCGAGCUGGAAAAGCCCUUUCCUCCUGGCGAGAAGAAGCGCGCCAUGAAGCGCAAGAGAACCAGCAUGCCAGGCGAGCCUUACCCACGACGAGACUCGGAUGGCACGGAGAACGAGCAGAUGCCCGCCCCACUCACCCCCCCUACACCAAACGUCGGCGGCGAACUGAAGCCAGAAAUCCCAUCGACAGACCAAGACAAGGAGCUCGAGCGCUCGCUCAUCGGCAGUCUUGUAGACAGUUACGGUUUCCGCCCCGAUGGACUGGUCAAGAAGACGAUGAGCAUUUCCGUGAACGGCAUCUCUCACCACAUGGUUUCCUAUUACAAGGUUGACGACGUGAAGAAUAACUUGCUGCCACGUCCAUUGUCCGAUGCCAGGCUACAGAACAUUUCCGUCCGCCCAGAGCUGUACCUGAAGCAGAAUUUCCGCGCGCCAGUCGAGGAG